UCCGAUAUGAUAAAAGAUAAUUUUUUUAAAUUUGAAAUUGAAAUUUUGAAGCUGAAUUCCCAUUUCAGACUAUCUGGCAGCGUUGGGUUUUCAAAUCUCCAGAGAUACGAGUUCCUUAGGAGCGUCUGUUUCUGUUAUUCAGUUUUCAAACGCCAAAACACGUUGGAAACUGCUGUUGGUUUCGGUAAUUCUUCUUCUACUUAGGUCGUGAAGUAAACAAAAAUAUUGCUUUAAAAAUGAAGAUUGAGGAGUUGAAUUCGAUGAGUUAUAGGGAGAUCGAAAAGCUGGCGAAAGAGAAGCUCAACAUCACUCGUCGUGGCCGUGUGUCCAAGGAAAUUCUUAUUGAGCAACUACUACAACACCACCAAAACCUCCUUGCAGACAGUCAUUUUAUAUCAACUGAUGAGACCACAGAUGAUUCAACGAUGGAAUCAGAAGUUGUACAAGAACCAACUAUCCCAAGACGUGGCAGGAAACGUGGAAACCAAAAGUCAAAAGAACAGCAAAAGGCAUUGCCAGUUAGCAAGAAAGCAAAGAAGGAGUGUGUUGAACACACUUUAAACUCAACAUUUUCAGUCGACGAGGAUUCUGAUGAUGCCAAAAAGAAAGAUUUACCUUCAAUUGAAAAACCUAAGAAGGCUAUCCCCAAAAACUUGAGGGGAAGAAAAAAGGUUUAUUUGACGGAAGAAUCAUCAACAAAUGAGUCUGAAAAUGAAAAAGUUUCAGCCAAACAAGUGAAGAAAAUUAAAAGUGUUGAAGCAAAAGAGCAAUCUGUUACCCAGGAAUCAGAACCUGAAAAUGAAGCAGUGGAGGGUAAGGUUCAAAUAUUGGAUAAUGCUAUCGAAAAGUCACCUGAGAAUCAAUCAGUGGCUGCAAAAGUUCCCAAGAGAAAGCUGAAAAAGUCCGCAAGCGCUGGUGAACAGCAUGUCACUGCAAAUGUGGCUGAAAAGAUACCUGCUAGGAGAACCAGAAGUUCUGACAAAGUUGUAGAACCUGAUCAAUCAGUGAAAGCUGCGAUCACACCCAAAAGCACACCAACUGUAGCCGUUCCUUCUCUACCAGAGCCUGCAAGCCCACCAGUCGUCUUAGUAGCAAAAAAGACUUUACUGCUGAGGACAUCAAGCCACCCGGUGAGGAGCCGUAAGCCAUCUGCAAAUUUGAACACUCCUGUAAAAAUGGCAGUGACGCCAGCGGCCAGCGCCAAGAAGGGAGUUCAAUUUACAGCAGCCAGUACCGACAACUCCAACAUCCCGAAAAUGGCCAAACGCAAAGCUGCACCAAAUUUUGCCGAAAUUCAUCAGAAACAUUUCUUGAAAAUGCAGUCGGUUGACGAGUAUGUGGACAAGAAACGCGCCAGGACCGACACGAUGAACGCCAGCGCUAAAGCCGUUCGCACCAAGUCGGUUCUGAACAACGCUCAAACUAAACCGUCGACCCCGCAGGUGAAAACCGACGCUCCAGUAACAACCGAAUCGAUUGCAACGCCGACGGCCAAACCAGACAUGAAAUUCAAUUUUGUAUCAGGUUUACAAAAGCCCGUUUUUACGGCAAAGGGUCAAGUGGUCAACGGAAAACAACGAGUGAUGGCCACGGUUAAAGAAAACCUCCAAAAUAAUAACGCAUCCCAAAUUCCAGCAGUGAUGACAAAGACAGCAGCUUCUAUAGGCGGCAAGAGAAAAGCUUCUAUGCUGAACGCGUCGAGAGAUGUAAACACGUCCACGCUGUCAAUGGCUGGUAAGCAGAUCCUAAAAGGUGUCAGGAUAAACAGACGUUUCGAAUUGCAAAUGCAACAUCGUAACAUGAAAAACUAAACGGGAGAAGAAAACGAACAACAAUUUUUAGACGUUUGCGUCAGAGUAUCUGCCUAGCUGAUCCGUUAGCGACAAAAUUUUUCGACUCAAUCUAGCGUUAUGCUCCUUUAAAAAGUGAAUUGCUUCAGCUUGUUUUUCCAGUAAAGUGUCGUCCGUCGUUUCUCUAAGAGUUUCAAGAAUUUGAAUACAUGAUUUUAAGUCUU